AUGUCCUGGGUGAACAACCUCAAAAAUUGGGAGCGCCUCAAUGAGUCGGCCGAGUAUAUGAAACGGGUCUACGGCGACCCGCAGGCCUACAUGAAGUUCGACGAGCAGAAAUUCGUGACGGAACGUGAAUAUUACGGAGAUGUGGGGUAUGGGGAAUGCUUCAACAGUCAAGACUCAGGCGUUCAGUGCGAAAUCAUCCAAGGCGAGUUCGACCCAAAGCAAUUACCCUAUGACAAGCGGAUGAAAUGGCAUUUUCGCGAGUUCUGUUAUAAGACAUCGGCUCAUGGGAUCCCGAUGAUUGGGCAGGCGCCUAAUAUUUAUUAUAGAGGCGUCUGGGUGUGUCUAUUCGCUACUUGUAUGGUGAUGCUCUAUUUGAAUGCCCGCUCCGUCCUCGACAAAUAUCAUAAAAAUGAGAAGAUUGUCGAUAUACAGCUCAAAUUCGAUACGGCGCCAUUUCCGGCAAUUACUAUUUGCAAUUUGAACCCCUAUAAGCAACACUUGGCGAGGAGUGUAGCGUUGAUUCAACGAACCUUAAAUGCCUUCGACGGUGCAAUGAGUACAGCCGCCCAAGAAGACGAGGAGAAAAGACAAAAAGCUACUGAUGAAGCCGAGGAAGCGGCUUCUAGAAUGAGACGCGGUGUUACAAUUUAUGAAGACCUUAAGAAGAAGUGGAAAACACUGGAUAAAUUUCGGAUGCAGCGGGAUAAUCUACAUUUGUUCGAAGUGGGCUUGUCAAAAUGUGCUUGUGAAAAAGAGUCAGAAGAGGAUGAGGAAGAGCAGCAAGGACUUUACGAUGAUUAUAACGACCCGGAAGCAGGGAUUACUAUGCCGCCCGGGAAGAAAGUGCACGAGUGUAAAGAGCGUAAAUACGAGGAACCAGAGGGUGAGGACGAUAAGUGCCUCUGCGCUUUUGAUCGGAAUACCGAGGACGCGUGGCCUUGCUUCAAAAUCCCGGAUUGGAAUGAUCAGCAGUGUGCCAGUUGCACGGCGGACGCGAUUUGCCAGCUGAAUUCCACUGCGAAAGUGCGAAAGCGGAUCCCCUGUAAAUGUAACCCGUUGGGCCAAUGCGUAGCGUACGAUAGGACAGCACCCCUGCUCCACAUUUGGCAAUACCUAGCCGGAGCACCACCAACCGAAGACCCCAAUUUUGUUAAGGCCAUGGGUUUUGAGGGCAUGAAAGACGAGGUAGCGAUCGUUACAAAAGCUAAGGAAAACAUCAUGUUUGUCAUGUCUGCCUUACCCAUGGAUGAACGAGAGAAAUUGUCUACGCAAAAACGGGAGCUAAUCCAAAAAUGCUCGUUUAACGGUGAAGCUUGUGAUAUUGACAAUGACUUCCUCACCAUCGUUGAUCCAAAUUUUGGAAAUUGCUUCAUAUUCAAUCACGACCACAACAUAACCAAGUCGUCGAUCCGGGCCGGCCCUAUGUACGGAUUGAGAAUGUUGGUAUAUGUUAAUGCAUCAGAUUAUAUGCCAACGACGGAAGCUACUGGGGUUCGAUUGACGAUUCACGAUAAAGAAGAUUUUCCAUUUCCGGAUACCUUUGGCUACUCGGCACCUACCGGAUACGUUUCUUCAUUUGGGUUAAGAAUGAGAAAAAUGUCUCGUCUACCAGCACCUUACGGAGAUUGCAUUCCGGAUGGCAAAACAUCGUCUUAUAUCUAUCAAAAUCAUACUUAUUCUGUUGAGGGCUGCUACCGCACGUGCUUCCAAAAACUCGUGCUUCAAGAAUGCGACUGCGGUGAUCCACGAUUUCCGGUUUUGGAGGAUGGAAAGCAUUGCGAAGCUUUGAAUCCGGUGCAAAGACAAUGUUUGGACGACAAAAUGGGUGCGCUUAGCGAUUUGCAUGGUUCUUUCAAGUGUCGUUGUCAACAGCCAUGUGCCCAGAGUUUGUAUACGGUGACGUACUCACCAGCCAAAUGGCCCUCACAAUCUCUCCAAAUUCAACUUGGAUCUUGUAAUGGUACAGCGCUUGAGUGUAAUAAGCAUUACAAGGAAAACGGUGCCAUGGUUGAGGUCUUCUAUGAACAGCUGAACUAUGAAUUUCUGGAAGAAACUGAGGCUUACCAGCGAGCGACCUGCCCGAAGCCGUACUCGCAGCCGCCCGUUUUAUGGAAGAAGCUGCUCAAAAAUAUUUUAACAAGCGCCUCGAAAACGCCAAGCUGGACAUUGUCGUCACCUGAUCUGCCGCAUAUUCGUAUGGACCAUUCAAAUCUCGCGCUCGUCCUUUUCGUAAUAAUUUACUUGCUCACCCUCGUCGGGACAACCAAUGGCAUUAACGACUCCUCGCUUAACUUAACGAAUUCAGCCUUGCAGCGCGACCGGGAGAAGGUGCUGAAGAAUAACUGGCUGCCCGUCUAUUGGAGCGUAGAGGACGCGAGCGGCUCCGUCGCCGUCAUGCAGGCUGUCAUUGAUAAAGUCCGUCGCAGUCUCUGGGCCCGCUCCACCGGUGACGACAACGAA